AUUGUUGCAAAAGUGUUUGCAAUGGAAACAAGAAUCUUAAGAUGACUUUGAAUAACAAACAGACAGAUGAUUGAAUACAUUGAUUAUAAUUUAACGGAGAAAUACAUCGUGUUGUUUGUAUACUGUACUCUUGUUACCCCUGCGUCCGUUUGUCCGCCAGUGCGGUGCGCGCUCCCGAACUCUGUAAACGCGGCUUGUGGUGUGCGCGCGGCGCGUGCUCGGUGUAGAAUGGCGGCUCUUUUGGAAUCGGUGCUGCGGGAGGAGGUGGAGGCGAGUCGGGCCGUGCACUGGAUCAAAAAUGUGCAGCUGGAGAAUGGCAGCUGUGACAGCCUGGCUCAGUUUUCCGUGCUCCGGAGAGACUUUGUCCCAUUCCUGCUCAACUUCCUCCGUGAGCAAGCCAGCCAGAUCCUGGCCAAUGGGCCUUCCACCCCGGCCAAGACCCCCAGCUCCAAGGGACAGCGGACCCCCGGGUACCCCAACGAGAGGAGUGGGGUCUCUCAGAGCGGCCGCGCGCCCCCGAAAGGAGCCAGCCGGGUGCAGCUGUUCUCGCCACCCCCCUGCAGUCCUGCGCAGCCUGAGUUUGACACGCCAGGCACCCAGUAUCUCAGUGGAAUCACCUUUUUGAGCAGCCCCAGCUUCACGGCCAGCCCUGCACCCCGGAGGUCUGACCAGAGAGCCAGCCUGGGAGAAUUCCUGCCCUCCCCGGACCCCCAGCCCCCCCAGCGUCGCGGCAGGAGACGGGGUGGUCCGACCAGCAGUGGAGGCCGGCAGCCAGGCAGGGAGGCAGGACGCGGGCUUAAUGAGGAGCCGGGCCGCUGGGACAGGGGAGGCAGGACUGAGACCUCUAUCACCCCCCCUCCACCCCAGCUCAACAUCAACAACCUGGAGGACUUCCCUCCUGUGGGGGCUACUCCUACACCAGCUGGCAGUAAGACGAAGCCAUCGCGACGGAUAAACCCGACACCGGUGAGUGCAGAGCGGCCCCAAUCGAAACCAAAGAACUGCUUCACCUCCACCCCGCUGAGCCAGCCACCCCCCUCCCCCGCCAUCCCAGAGUCCCCGGGGGCAGGGCCGGACUGUUGGCUGCAGGAGGAGCGGGAGAUGCUGCGCAGAGAGAGGUGUGUUCAGGCUCCGGCUUCAAGCGCCACUCCUGCGCUUCGCCUUGCUUGUACUAAGAUGAUGUGCCCUUUCCAGAGCAGAGCCAAGCUGUCCCAGCAGACCAGCUCUCUAGGACUCCCCCCUGCCCUUGAACCCAGCACCCCCACCAAGCUGGGCUCCAGCAGAACCAGCGCCAGCGGGUCGGCGGACCGCCUCUCUCCGACCGCAGAUUUGCACAAGGUCUCCACCUCCUGCCAGCUGGACCUGCUAGCUGAGCUGCACUGCGCCUGCAUCGCGGAGAACCUGGUGCCCAAUGUCUUCCUGGAGCUCUUCUUCGUGCUUCAGCUGCUGACGUCCCGUGGAUCAGCUCCUUCUGAGGAGCGGCAAGGGGGUCCCGCAGUCUGCAGGGGUAGCUCUAAACACACCCCUCCUGCUUCCAACAAUGUGUUGGACAGGCCCUACUUCAACAGCGUGCACAACUGUGUGUACUUUGCAGUCAAGGUCCUGGAAAAUAAUUUUGAUCUCAUCUCCCAGCUGGAUAAAUGCACACUGCGGCUCCUCGCUGAGAACGAGAGGCUGGGCUCCUUCUCUCCAGCUCUGCGAGAUCGGCUGCUUGCUGCCCAUGAAAGCAGCACUGCCAAGGUGUCCCGAAUAACCCCGUCCUUCAUUCAGUCUGUUCCGUUCCAGCCAGCCACGGACAACCGCUCCAACUUCUGUAGUGACAAGGCCUUUCACAUCUUCAAGAAGCAGAGAGAUAUUUUCUACGAGCUGCUGAGAGAGUGGGAGGACUUCCACAAGGAGCCGGGCUGGGUGUUCGACAUGGUGCUGGGCAGCAGAGUCAGGGGGAUGGUGAGUCAGCUGACUGCAGCCAGCAAUCACAGUCACUUUGCCAGGCUUUUCCAGAAGCAGCUCAUCCAGAUGUGCAAGGGGACGGGUGGAGAGGCGCCUGACCUGGAUGUACUCGGCAUGCUUGGAGCGGACAACCUGAGCCGUCUAAAGAGACUGCAGGAGCGCUUCAUCCAGCCCCAAAGCAUCAUGGGACCGUGCCCCCCGCCCUCCUUCCCAGGGCAUCAGGAAUUCUUCCGGGAUUUCCUCCUGACAGCUGGCAGCUACCAGCUGAACCAGCACCUGAUGGACAGCCUGUGCCAGCAGAUCCUGGAGCUUGACUCCAUCUGCAUCCUGGGGCCAGGCAGCAGCAAGGAAGAGGGGGAGGGUGAUGUGGAGCAGCAGGGUGAGAAGCAGCGGUUCUGCUCGGUGCUGACGACGGCUCGCCUUCUUGCCAAGUUCCUGGGUUUCAUCACCUUCUUGCCGUACCAGACCAGGGAGCCACCAGCCAGGGGUGUGCAGGAGGCAGCCAUUGGGGUCCGCAACAAGAGUGCUCCAGUGCUUGAUGUGUGUGAGGUGCUGAGGCAGUCCAUGGUGAAGCAGCGCACGGUGCUCACUGUCCCCUGGCUGGUCGAGUUUCUCUCCAUGGUGGAUCACACCGCCCCGUACCUGCUGCACUACAGGAGGGUCUUCACACUUCUGCUGCAGCUGUACAGGCGCACCUUGCUGGGGACGGACAGAGAGGGGCGCUUCCUGAACCAGCUGCUGAUUGUUGCUGUGCUGGGCUGGCUCUUCCAGAUCCCUGCUGUUCCUGAGGAUCUGUUCUUUAGUGGGGAUUUCAGAGAUGAAACUGAUGUCAUUGAAACACCAGCUCCCACUCAAGGACUGGAUUGUCUCCCCCUGGUGGAUCAGCAGUUGCUUUAUAUCUGUUGCCCAUAUCUCAGCGAGUUCCGCAAACUACUGGCUGCGUUUGUAGCAGGAAGUGCAGCGAAGAACGGGGGCUUGAUCCGCAAAAUAACACCAACCGCCGCGGAGCCACUGGAGUCUCCCGCCCCACUGUCCCAACAGAAACUACAGGCGGAGUUGGAGCAGGCGUUCUUUCACAACCAGCCCCAGUCACUGCGCCGUACCGUGGAGUUCGUGGCAGAGAGAGUCGGCUCAAAUUCUGUCAAACACAUCAAAGCCACGCUGGUCUCGGAGCUGGUGCAGUCCGGAGAGGCUCAGCUGCAAGGAAGGCUGAGGGAUGAGAAGGCGAGCGUGGCCAGGCUCUUUGACUCCGUGUGCACCCAGCUGUGUGAGAGGGGCAGGCAGACGCUCAGCCGAGCCAGAGAGUUUUGCAGUGUGAAGAGCCCUGAAGCCAUCAGGAUUUUGCUUCCUGAAGAGACCUCUGCAGCAGUUCUGAGCACAGCGGAGGACAUUGCAGUCAGGUUAGCCACCGAGAAGGCGUGCACCUGGCUCUCUGCUAAUAUCGCAGCCCUGAUUAAGCGGGAGUUGAAGGCGGCCUUCGACCGGAUGAUGAAAUCCCUGCCGCCACCUCCUGUCGGUGCCUUGUCUGAGGGGGAGACCCCGAGAGAGCCCCCUGAACACACAGCGAGCAGACUGGAGGAGAAGGGGGCCAGCUGCCCCCCUGGCUGUGAGCACAAAGCCACGCUGCCCUCCGACCUCAUCAUUGAGAUCAAGGAGGUGCUGAGUGUGACGCUGGGGCCCCGGUCCCAGGAGGAGAGGGUCGGUUUCCAGCAGAUCCAGGACCUUCUGCAAAGACUGGGGGAGACUCUGUGCUGCAGGAAGUUCAUAUUUCCAGUUCCAGAGCAGAUGUUGGCCCGGUGCUCCGUCGGACUGGCUUGUGUGUUGGUGUCAGGCCAGCUGCCUCUCAGUGAACCUGAGCUCCCUGCGGAGGAGGGCAGUGCCAGGGGGAGCCCGGUCCGCGCCCUGCUGGAUCAGCUUCUGGGACUGUGGAGACACGUCUUCCGCACUCCUGUCCCUCUUCAGCUGCUCUUCACUGACAAACACCUGGCUUCCAUCCUGGAGGCUGGACACACACAGUGGGAGGAGUUCCUGUUUCUUGUCAGCGAGCUGCAAGGAAGAGGCCUGCUGGGGGCAGAGGAGGUGCAGAGCAGCUGGAAGAGCCUGUCUGCGCUGUCUUGGCCCACGGUGAGUGCACUGAGACCGGGGCUCCGCCCACACUCUACCCCUGAACCAUACACGGCGAGUGCACCGAGACCGGCACACUCUACCCCUGAACCAUACACGGACUUUAUGGAACAAAUCAACAGGGCAGCCUGCAGACUUCAGCAGGAGCAAUACCAGGGAGUGCCACUGCAGAACAGUGACUGAACAGCAGGGGGUGCCAGUGGAGACUGGGAUCCCUAUAUUGGAACUGACAAUGGAGCCAGUGGAGAAGCACUGUGAUGGAGUUUCUGAAACGCAAAUGGUACAGGGGAGAAAUUCAAGGAACCGCCUGACCCAGAAUUGCACAGAAACUCGCCCCCUGUGGAUACCAGUGAUCUGGUUCACCUGUUCCAUUGCAGUACCAAACAUACAGACAUGCCCCACCCAAAGCUACCUGCACACAGCAUUUAGAUUUCAUCAGUAGGUGUGCUCUUUACAAUAAGAUGGGAGUGAUUACCUCGCGUAUGGUUUCCCCUAUUACUUGGAGGUAUUCCUGUUUCCCAGUGCAGGGGCAAUCCACUGCAGAGAGCCAGCACCACAUGCUGCUUAAAAAGCAUCUGCUCCCGUUCACCUCUCUCCAGCAAGAAUUGCUGCUGGGCUGGAGGGAGGGAAGAAAAGCCAUAAAGUGGAAAGCCUUCCUAAUGCAACUCACUGAGUGCCUUCCAAGCCUGUUUCUGGUGAGGUGAGGGUGCCUUACCUGCGCUGUACCAGGGGUGGGGAUGAAGACUUGCAUUCCACAGCAGUCCAAGCCAUAUCUCGGCUUUACUGAGACAUCCAAGCUAUUUCCACCUGUUCUGUUACUGGUGGCUACCCUUGCUCCAUCCUUUGGCCACUGGCUAUUGCCCCUUCUGUUGCCUUGGAGCCCAGCAUGUUACCAGUGUGUGAGGAGCCCUGUGCCUCGUCUCGUGGUGUUUAACAUGCUCUCAUGCAUGGUGUGAUGCAGGCUGGGGGCUGCAGGAGCUGCCUUGAACCCUGGUGUUGAUGCUGUUUCUGCCCUUCUCCAUGAAUGCUGACCAAUGCGUUUGUGAUUCCUCUCUAGUUCAUAUUGGACUUAUUGUAUCUUGUUAAUCAUGUCUUUUAAACCAAGUAUUUGAAUAAAAUUAUUUCUUUAUUUAAAAA